AUGGAUACAUCUUCUAAUGCAACACAUCUAACGCCUCCGCCUGUGCUUUGGGCACAGAGGAAGGACAGUAUCUCGUUGACUGUCCAGCUAGAGAAUAUUAGCAAUCCCAAAAUUACACUCGAAAAAAAUAGUCUUUAUUUCCAUGGAAAAGGAGGCACAGGAAAUACAGACCAUGAGGUUCUGAUGGAGUUCUACAAAGAAAUAAACCCAGACAGCUCAAAAUAUCACAUUACUGGCAGAAAUGCCACCUUUGUCCUUGCCAAGAAGGAGGGCAGUAGAGAGUAUUGGCCACGUCUGCUUAAAGAUCCUAAAAAGGUCCAUAACUUGAAGACAGACUUUGAGAAAUGGAGAGAUGAAGAUGAUUCAGAUGCUGAUGACAAUGAAGAUUUUAACCUUGAUGAGAUGAUGCAGUCAAUGGGAGGAUUGCAAGGAGCUGGCGCUUCAGAUUUAGGGGAAAAUGAGGAUAGUGAUGAUGAAGACUUGCCUGACCUCCAGUGA